AAUGAAAAAAACUAAGUUUUCACGUCUCACCAAACGAGGUCUCAACAAACAAGAAGACAUUAAGCGAACGCUUGUUGCUGCAAAUCUCUAAUCGUCUCCUUCCGGGCAUCAGAGCGCCGUAAUCCGACUGCUUUUUUCCUCUUGAAUAUCGUCACCUGAAUUCAAUUUAUUGAUCACUGAUAUCCACAACAUGGGUGAUUCUUAUUGGAAAUACGCUGCCGCUGAAGGUAGGCAGCAACAGCCACCACUUCAUCCACUCAUCGGGAAGCGCCCUCGCUCCGAUUACGAUGUUCCUGGUGGGCGUGAGUUGCCUAAAUAUUUUGAUCCUGAGGGGGAGAGAGGACCUGGGCCUCAACUAGUGGUUAAAGAUUCUGAUUCAAUCGGUGCAUCUUACGAUCGUUACCUGCGUGGCACGCAAUUACCGCCAUACAGUGGCAUUGAGUCUGGUAGACCCAUGGGCAUGGGAGUUGGUGGUGGUGGUUUUCAUGAAGAUCCUCGCAUGAUGGGUAUGGGUAUGGGCAUGGGUAUGGGUAUGGGUAUGGGUAUGGGUAUGGGCCCCCCUGCAUCAGCAAAAGGUCGGGAUGCAGCAGGGUUGUUAGGAGGUGGGAGGCAUGAAAUUCCUUUGCCUCCUGAUGCCAGCAAUACAUUGUUUGUAGAGGGUUUGCCUUCAAAUUGUUCACGAAGAGAAGUGGCUCAUAUAUUUCGCCCUUUUGUGGGGUACAAAGAAGCCCGACUCGUGACAAAGGAAUCCAGACAUUCGAGUGGUGAUCCAUUGGUACUCUGUUUUGUUGAUUUCAAAAGUCCAGCUGAGGCAGCUACUGCGAAAGAUGCCUUACAAGGUUGUUUACAAAACAGUGCAAAGUACACGGGUCAUGUAUUUGUAUACGAGUAUUGGAUGUUUUGAGGAGAUUUGAUGAGAUUGAAGUGGGUAUUUGGAGGGUGGUACGAAGUGUAAUAAUGUUGUAGUUUUUGUGGUGUAAGGUAGCAAAGAUGGUGAUGUUGAAAGAGCUUAGGGUGGUGAUUAAUGUAGAUUUACAGAGUAAAUCUGUUUGGAUAGCCAAUUCUCUCUCACGUCUCUUUGGGUUUCCCGUGGUCAAAAUCAUCCACGAAAAUUUCUAGAUGUAGGUAAGGUUCUGAAGAAUUGAUGGUAAAAAUCUCCCUAGUAGAAUUUUGGUUGUGUUGUGCCCAGUUUUUUGUUUUCUGACAUGAAGAUUCUGAACUCGAAAACAGAAAUCUCUCUGGAUAGCCAAUUCUCUCUCGAGUCUUUGGGGUUUCCCGUGUUCAAAAUCGUCCACAAAAAUUUCUAGAUAUAGGUAAGGUUAUGAAGAAUUGAUGGUGAAAAUCUCCCUAGUCUUUUUGUGCUUGUAUUGAGCCCAGUUUUCUUCGUUUCUGACUUGAAGAUUUUGAUGUCGAAAAACAACAAGGUGGCGAUGGUUGUGGUGAUUUGAAAGGGUUUUUAGAGGAGGUUUAAGGAGGGUAUUUGGAGGGUGUUAUGAGAGUAUUUUGAGGUUGGAAGGAGGUUGAUAUAAGGUGGUGAUGGUGGUGAAAGUUUAUGAAGAUGAUGAUGUUUGAUGGGUUGAAGAUGAAUACCUUGAGUUUGAAUGAAGAAGAUGAAGAUGGUUGAUGAUGUUCUUCAUUUUUGGUUGUUUAUGAUCUUGAUGUUCUUGGUUAUCGCCAGGGAUGAAGCUUGUUCUUGAAGAUGAUGGUGAUGUUCUUGGGGAGUAUUUGGUGAUGUUGUAGGAAGUAUUACAAACAACAAAUGAACACACACUCUCUCAUAUUACAUACACACGUACAUAUAUGUAUACAAAAGAAAAAUAUCUAUUGCACUUAAUUUUGAGUUGGUUUGAAGUUGUAGGUGUGAAGUGCAAGUUGUAGUAGGGAAAAGAUACAUGGGUUUUUUUCUUUGCA